AUGCAAACAAAAAUCAACACAACCUUGAACACCAGCAAUCAAGCUAACCAAACCAGACAGAAUGCUGAAAACGGCGAACUGAAUGGAACCGAUCUCACACUUGCGGCUGUUGACAAUCCGUCAAGUGCGGUCGAGUGGGGACUGGCAGAAAUGAUCAAUCAACCUGAGCUGAUUCGAAAAGCCAUAGAAGAAUUAGAUAAUGUCGUUGGUACAAGAAGGUUGGUCCAAGAAAGUGAUAUUCCAAAGCUCGAUUAUGUCAAGGCAUGUGCUAGGGAAGCAUUUCGACGCCAUCCGAUCAAUGAUUUCAACCUACCACAUAUGUCAAUGGAAAAUACAGUUGUUGAUAACUACUAUAUCCCCAAAGGAAGGGAAAAAGCAUUGGAGAUAAGUGACCAUAUUGGUAAGCAGGUUUGGAAGUUGGUUUCUUCUCCAGAGUCUCUAAUCACUCGUUUACUCAAAGUUAAAUAUUUUUCUCGUAGUGACUAUUUUGGAGCUAGCAUUGGCCAUAAUCCUAGUUAUGUUUGGCGUAGUAUUUGGAGUGCUAAAGAUGUGAUUCGGCGUGGUUUUCAGUGGAGUAUAGGUACAGGCGAACACAUACCAGUUUGGGAUCAUCCUUGGAUCAGUAAUGUUGCACGAAUUUUACCUUCAACUCAUCAUCAAUUGGAGUGGCCUUCCAUCACUGUUUCUGACUUGUUGAUUACACCCGAGAAACAGUGGAAUGUGGAGCUCAUUAAUACUUUCUUUGACUCUAGUAUUGCCAGAAAUAUUUUUACACUCCGUUGCUUCCUUCGGUGUGCAGUGUGUGAUGAUUUCGGAGAGGAUAGUAACCAUUUGUUCUUUAUGUGUAGUAAAAGUAUGCUUUAUUGGCAACGUAUUGGCUUAUGGAGCCCUUUGAUGGCUGUCUUUGAUAUUAAUGUCAGUUUUCCAACCAAUGUAUUUGCUAUCCUACAACACCUGGAUCAGCAGCAAAAGCAAAUUUUCAGUGUGACCCUUUGGAGUAUUUGGAAGCAUCGAAACAAUAAGGUAUGGAACAACAUCACUGAUACAGCUCAAGAUAUUUGUGCUCGUGCAGGUUCUCUUCUUACUAGCUGGAGGAAUGCUCAGAAUAUUCGGCAUCCUAGCCCUCAAAAUCCUUCCACCCCGAAUGAUUUGAAGUGGGUUAAACCAAGUCCCGGCAGGUUUACUUGUAAUGUUGAUGCGUCCUUUUCUCAAGCUCGGAAUCGGGUUGGUAUUGGUGUUUGUAUUCGCGAUGAAGAAGGUCGUUUUGUUUUAGCCAAGACUGAAUGGAUGACUCCGCUCCUUGAUGUCGAGUUGGGUGAGGCUUUGGGUUUGUUAUCAGCAAUGCACUGGGUUCGUGAUCUGCAACUAGGUAUUGUGGACUUUGAGCUUGACUCCAAAAGUGUGGUAGACAGUCUUUAUGGUAGUACUAGUGGCGUCUCUAAUUUUAGUGCAGUUAUUAAUGAAUGUAGACGUCUGUUAGCUUCUGAUUUAGUAACCUCUGAUGUUAGGUUCAUUCGGAGACAAGCCAACGAAGUUGCUCAUAGCUUUGCUAGAGUGGCUUUGCUAGAAUGGCUUUGCGUCAUGCUAGUUUCCAUAUUCAUAUUAGGAUUCCAUCUUGUAUCUCUACUAUUAUUUUGA